CAGUCGAGCAAAUUCCUACGACCGGAGCUUCCUCCGAAACAAAACAAAAACAGCUCUGUCAGUGGCUUCUCUGUGUCUGAUAAAUCUUCGGCCUCACCAUGCCGCUGAAAUCAUGUUGCAUUUACAGCAUCGGAGCGUUUUCUUUAGUCAUGCUGAUCAUCGGUAUUUCUUUAGUUUUAUCCAACGUUUUUCCUAAUGUUUUUCAGUCGAGGGUUAAAACGGAAGUAGUCCUAAGAAAUGGAACAGAGGCUUUUGGUGCUUGGGCGGAUCCUCCUGCUCCCAUAUACAUGCAGUUUUACUUCUUCAAUCUGACGAACCCAGGGGAGGUGCUGGACGGGGAAAGGCCUGCCGUGGUGGAGAUUGGGCCUUACACAUAUAGAGAAUACCGGCCCAUGGAGGACGUGGUCUUCCAUGAUAAUGGCACAAGAGUUGCAGCGGUCAAUCCUAAAACGUACAUUUUCCAGCGCAACAUGUCCCGAGGUCCUGAAAGUGACCUCAUCAGGACCGUUAACAUCCCUGCUAUGACGGUAAUGGAAAGAUUUAAAGAUAAUAAGGCUAUAGCUAAUUUGAUCGCUUCCUACAUGCGGUUCUCUGGUAUCGGCCUGUUCACCACCCACACCGUGGGAGAGCUACUGUGGGGAUAUGAAGAUGUUCUGCUCAAAACCUUCAAAACGUUUAUGCCUGAGCUGGAUGACAUUUUUGGGCUUUUCUAUAAGAACAAUGCUUCAAGCGAUGGAGAUUAUAUGUUCUUCACUGGCCAGCCGAACUACAAGGACUUUGCUAGAGUGGACACAUGGAACGGGAAAAGCUCUUUGGACUGGUGGACGUCUGAUGAGUGCAAUAUGAUCAAUGGAACCAAUGGAGCAUCUUUCCAUCCAAUCAUCAGCAAGAAUGCAGAGCUCUACAUGUUCUCCUCUGACCUGUGCAGGUCUUUGUAUGCAGUGUACACUAAUGAUGUGACUGUGAAGGGGAUCUCUGGCUAUCGUUUCGUUCCCCCCUUCGAAGUUUUCGCCAAUGUGACUGUGAACCCGGCCAACGCAGGCUUCUGUGUGCCUGCCGGUAACUGCCUCGGCUCAGGCCUGCUCAAUGUCAGCCUGUGUAAACAAGGAGCUCCCAUCAUCAUGUCCUCCCCACACUUCUACCAGGCUGAUGAGAAAUUUGUGCAGGAUGUGUUCGGCAUGAGGCCUAAGAAGGAGGAGCAUGAGACUGCCAUUGACAUCAAUCCACUGACCGGGAUCAUCCUGCAAGCAGCCAAACGUUUGCAGGUCAAUGUUUAUGUGGAAAAAAUUCCAGACUUCAGUGAAACAGGAAAUGUGCGGACAGUGGUCUUUCCUGUGAUGUAUCUCAAUGAGAGCGUUCUUAUUGACGAUGGAUCAGCCAAGAAGCUGCAGAUGAUUGUUGUUGAGAAGAACGUCGUGGAGAACAUCCCGUUCAUGUUGAUCGGUGUCGGCAUCAUCCUGGGAGGAAUCUUCAUGUUCUUGAUGUGUCGACAGAAAGUCCCAGAGAGCACUUCAGCAGAACGUCAGCCCCUACUCUCAUCCUAGCCGUAAGCCGAAUAUGUGAGGACGAUUACGGGGUUUCCAGCAUUAUGUUAGAACAAAAAUAUCAAACCUUUCAACUCCUAAUCUCUAGGUGGCCACUCAUAAAUAGAAUCCCAUCUUUUUAAUGUUUUUAAUCCAAUGCUUUCAGGAAACUUGUUUGUAAGAAGCACUUAAAUUUGUUGACUUCAUGUUGUAAUGUUAUUUUUUCAAAUCAAAUGUUGAUUUUUUUUUUUUUGAACCACUAAAUAUAGGAUUUAAAAACCAAGCAGAACAAAGCAGUAUCAAACCUAAUCGUAAUUCUUCAGUGCAAAUAAAAAAACUGACAUAAAAUGUGCUAAAAACUGUGGAUGAAAGUGUUUGUUACGUUCAUUUGUCGAAGAAAUCAGCUGUCUCCAAUGAGAUACCAAGUUAAGCAAAAAGAUAAUCUGUUUUAAGGUUUUGUGUUUACUAAAAGCAUAUAGAUGCAGACACACUGACCACUGAAAGAAGGUUUAAUGUGAUAAGUUUGUGUUUUUAUAGACUAAAUGUGUUUUUCUUUUUUUUUUUUUUUUAAAGGCUUCAACAGUCAUUUAUAGAUUAUUCAAUGGCAAUUUGACGCUUGUAUCUGAGUUAUUAUAAUUGGGAUUUACUUAGUGUAAAAUAAUGGCAUGCAGAACCUCAUAAUGAUAAAGUAUGUGAAAUGAGACCCAAACAGUAUUGCUUAUUAAAAAAAAAAUGGAUGGUUUAUGCUUGCUGUAAAUGUGUUUGCAGGGACAACACAGAACAUGUCAAAUCCUUGCACAAUUCAACACUUUGUCUUGACUUUGCUUUUAUGAUGCAUGGGGAUAAUACUAAAAGGAAUGUGCAAUCAGUUUUAUGGAAAUGUCAUAAAUGAUUUUUUUAAAGUUUGGUUUUUAUUAGAAAAUGAUAAGUUGCUAGAAAUUAUUACUGUUGUUGUCCAGCUGGUCCAAGGCUUUUAAAUGUAUUUGCUAAAAAAACGGGUUGAUUCUGUUCAACACUGCACUGCGCAAUUUCUGCUGUUGAUGUUUUGUGCUGUGUGUAUAAAUGACUGCACUACUACAUAAUGGUCUAAACAUAACAUGUAAUCACUAAUUAAAAUUACAGAAAAGGUCAUAUAUGUAAUCUGCACCUUGUCCUAUUUGUCACAACCAAUAAACUCUGUGUGAUUCAAA